CUCUUUCUGCAAUGUCUAUCAUUGUGAUAUCUGGUUUUAAAUUUGCUGCAACUUUCCAAGAUUCCGUGGCCAUUGCUCGUUGGGUGAUGCUUCAAUCAAUCCUCGCUGCGUUUAUUCUCUUCCUCAACGGCAUGUUUGUGGUGACAAUUAUAACCAUUUUUCCUGUCCUUCCUGCAGUUUUUGCCAUGCGCUUUUCAGUGUUGAAGCCAUGCUUCAAAUCAAAACAUGUUCCAGUUCGUCCUAAGAUUGAGAAAAUAGACUAAGCAGCAAUAUUGGUGAAUAUUUUAGCUUUGGGAUUAGCAAAUCUGAUUGGAG